CUAUCGAUCUUUAGAUUUGUGAUUACUUAUUAUAGAAUUUUACAAUAUGCGAAUGCGAGUAUGAACGAGUUGAUCGCAACUGAACACUCCCGAAGAAAAAAAUCUUGUAGGGUUUCUUCGGAGGAAAAACAAUAUGGCUUCUAAGCAGGUAGCAACAACAGCUGGAGCUAUGCUCAGUGCUGCUGGCAAGCCUAAGAUUUUUACAGAUGCUAAAGGCAGACAGUUUAUGGUUCUGAAGAAAAUCCUGCAGACCCCUGAUUAUUAUCUAUGGCAACCUAAAAAUCUGUCCGCUGUCAAAGGGACUCCCACACUGACCUCAAUGUUGAGAACCAAGCCUGUGAAGGAGUAUGUUUUUGGAACAAGAAACAGAUUCUUCUUCCGCUUCAGCACAUACUGGUUUGUGUGGGUGGCUCUCCUCUUCUCCUACCCACCACUCAUGGCACUAAGAGAAAAAACUAAAGCAUCAGAAAUGCCUGUUAAAACUGCCAAAUUCCAUCAUCCGUACUCCUGGGACAUGGUGAAGGAGAAGGAGGAGGAGCUGAAGAUCCUGGAGAGUUCCAGAUACCGACUCUAAUCCGGACAAACUUAGUACAAACCAUAGGAACAUUCAGUGGAUUACAAACACUCCACCUCAGCAUCCAUUACAGUAGACUAUCAGUGGUGUUUUAUGAAUUGAAGGACUUAUUGUAAUGCAAAAUAAAAUAUUUUGACAUUU